GAUGGUCGCUGGUAUCGGUUCAACCUAUUUGAGCGCUAGAUCUGGCGCGCAUCAGAGAAACGGCGUUCUGUUUCCUACCAAUAAGGACCAACCGACGCCGACUGGUGUUCCUAGGUGCUAAUGGUGCUCCUUACCCCGAGUUCUGGAUUGCGCCUGUUAGUGUUGGCGAUGUCCUCGACAUUUGGGUAAACGAGUGAGAGGGACCAAUGGGAUGGGACAAGUACAUGCUUGUUUUUUUAUCUGAUGCAGAAGUGCAGCCAGGCAUUCUUAGGAGGUGAAGUUUUAUACCAUUUUUUGGUUUUAUUGCAUUUUCUAGACUGAACAUUUGUUAAUUGUAUGUGAACUUCUCAAGGCAAACUUAUACGAGUUUCAUAAAUUUAAUAGAGAAUCAGGGGGUGAGGUUUAUUUCACAAUGCCAAGAUUACAGUCAAUUACCAUUCAAUGUUUGGAGGCACUUCAAUUUUUGCAUGAUCUUGGUCUUAUACAUUGUGAUCUAAAGCCUGAAAAUAUAUUAGUGAAAAGCUACAGUAGAUGUGAGGUCAAGGUCAUUAAUCUUGGGAGUAGCUGUUUUGAGACAGAUCAUCUAUGUUCUUAUGUUCAAUCCAGGUCGUAUCGUGCACCAGAGGUUAUCCUGGGGCUUCCAUAUGAUAAGAAGAUAGACAUCUGGUCACUUGGUUGCAUCUUGGCAGAACUUUGUACUGGCAAUGUCCUUUUCCAAAAUGAUUCACCAGCAACAUUACUUGCAACGGUUAUUGGAAUCAUUUGUCCCAUUGAUCAAGACAUGCUUGCCAAGGGACGUGAUACAUACAAAUAUUUCACUAAGAAUCACAUGCUUUAUGAGCGUAAUCAG